AUCAGUCCAGAGACUGUACCAAUGGAAGUCUGAAUUAAUGUGCCAGUUAAAUCUGGAUUCUCUGUUUUUUUCUUAGUUUUCUGUGUUUCUGGUCAUUAUUAGCUGAUUUUCUCUCUGCUCUGACAUUUUCAGCUGUUUGUGUCAGCUUGUGAAAUCUACUCAGACUCAGUUUGAUGGUGGACUGUUGAACUGAACUGGACUUAACCUGAGGAACCAGCAGAUUCUGGUUCUAUGGCUGCGUCGGUCAUCACUGUGCUGUUCCUGUUCUCCUGUCUACUGCAGUCUGCCUCUGCAGAUCUACAGAAACAAAAUGUAACAGUACAACCUGGAGAUGACGUCACUCUGUCAUGUAAAGCUCCAAACAACGUCAACAUGUCAGCUGUUGAGUGGAGCAGAUCUGACUUUGAGAAACACGUCUACAUGAAGACAGACGGGCGCCUGAACACAGCAGACCAGGAUCCAUCUUAUGUGAACCGGACGCAGCUGAAGGACGAUGAGAUGAAGAACGGUGAACUGUCUCUGAUUCUGAAGAACGUGAAGAGCAACGAUGGAGGAACAUAUGAGUGUCGCUAUGUAGGGGAAGGUGAAGGACGCAGGAACAGAUCUCUUAAUGAUGGUAAACUCAUCAGCAUCGUCCAGCUGAAUGUUGAAGACCUACAGCUACAACCGAUAAAAGAGAUAACAGUACGUCCUGGAGAUAAUGUCACUCUGCCAUGUGAAGCUCCAAACAACGUCAACAUAUCAGCUGUUGAGUGGAUCAGAUCUAACCUUAAGAAACACGUCUACUUGAAGUCAGACGGGCACCUGAACACAGCAGACCAGGAUCCAUCUUAUGUGAACCGGGUGCAGCUGAAGGACGAUGAGAUGAAGAACGGUGAACUGUCUCUGAUUCUGAAGAAUGUGAGCAGCAACGACAACGGAACAUACGAGUGUUACUAUUUAGAGGAGAGAGGAAGCUGGAAGAGAGCUCUUAUUGAUGGUGAACCCAUCAGCACUGUCAUCCUGAAUGUUAAAGAUGGAGACGCAGAGUCUGGAAAACUCUCAGAGUCUGGAAAAGACUCAGAAGGUGGACAUCUUGGAGUAAUUCUGACAUUUACUCUGAUUAUUGGUUUUGUUGUUGUUGUUGGUGUUAUUGUUUUAGUGAUCUAUAAGAAGCCUGAAAGGAUGACGAGGAUCCAGAUAUUCUUGAGCAGCUUCGAGAGAAUGUAAAAACCCAGCAGAAA